UCACAUUACACUCACACGCAUUGACGCGACUGGAAUAAUUCCAAUUGCAGUCAAACAAAAACCCAAUUCAUCUUCUUCUUCCUCCUCCUCCUCAAAUCUCAAAUCUUUCGAUCUGGGUUUCUCUCUUUCAAUCCUCAAACCUCAUCUUCUUUAAACCCAUUAGCUAAAGUCUCCACCUUUACUAGCAAAUGGGUUGCUUCAGCAGUAAACACCGGAAAACUCAAAACCACGGCGGAGAAAGAUCAAUUCCGAUCAACCCAGUUCAAGCCCAUGUCGCUAAUCAAGCCCCCGAGCAUCGUAAACCUCAAAUCCCAAUACCCAAACCCACAAACCAACCAAUCCAUCAACAGAUUUCAACACCUUCAUCGAACCCAAUCUCAGUUCGAGAUCCAGAUACCAUAUUAGGUAAACCAUUCGAAGACAUCAGGAAAUUUUACAGCUUGGGGAAAGAACUAGGUCGAGGUCAGUUUGGGAUUACGUAUAUGUGUAGAGAGAUUGAAACUGGGAACACUUACGCUUGCAAAUCGAUUCUUAAGAGGAAGCUGAUCAGUAAGCAGGACAAAGAGGAUGUGAAGAGAGAGAUUCAGAUAAUGCAGUAUUUGUCUGGACAGCCAAACAUUGUUGAGAUCAAAGGUGCUUAUGAGGAUAAACAAUCUGUACAUUUGGUUAUGGAGUUGUGUGCUGGUGGUGAGUUGUUUGAUAGGAUUAUAGCUCAGGGUCAUUACUCUGAGAGAGCUGCUGCUGGUAUCAUUAGGUCUAUUGUCAAUGUUGUUCAGAUUUGUCACUUUAUGGGUGUGGUUCAUCGAGAUCUCAAGCCUGAGAAUUUCUUGCUUUCGAGUAAAGAAGAGAAUGCUAUGCUUAAAGCUACUGAUUUCGGGUUGUCUGUCUUCAUCGAAGAAGGAAAAGUUUACCGGGAUAUAGUUGGGAGUGCUUACUACGUUGCUCCUGAAGUAUUAAGGCGAAGUUACGGUAAAGAAAUCGACAUUUGGAGUGCAGGUGUUAUUUUAUACAUCCUACUCAGCGGUGUACCUCCUUUUUGGGCCGAAAAUGAGAAAGGAAUAUUCGAUGAGGUUGUAAAAGCUGAAAUUGAUUUUGAAAGCCAACCAUGGCCUUCUAUAUCUGAGAGUGCGAAAGAUCUUGUUAGGAAGAUGCUAACCAAAGACCCGAGGAGACGAUUCACAGCUGCACAGGUUCUUGAACAUCCUUGGAUCAAAGGGGGAGAAGCACCAGACAAGCCUAUUGAUAGCGCUGUGUUAUCUCGUAUGAAGCAAUUCCGAGCAAUGAACAAACUUAAGAAGCUAGCUCUAAAGGUUAUCGCAGAGAGUCUAUCAGAAGAGGAGAUCAAAGGUCUGAAAACCAUGUUUGCGAAUAUAGAUACUGACAAAAGCGGGACAAUUACUUAUGAAGAACUCAAAACUGGGCUAACUAGACUUGGGUCUAGACUCUCUGAAACUGAAGUUAAGCAACUCAUGGAAGCGGUAAGUUAUCUACAGCAUCUUGACAUCGUCCAUAUCAUCUUGCAGUCAGGUUCUUUGAAACACAUGAUGAUAACUUUUCAGGCUGACGUGGAUGGUAAUGGAACGAUUGACUACUACGAGUUUAUAUCUGCGACAAUGCAUAGAUACAAAUUAGAUCGAGAUGAGCAUGUAUACAAAGCAUUUCAACACUUUGAUAAAGACAACAGCGGGCACAUAACUAGGGAUGAGUUAGAAAGUGCCAUGAAGGAAUAUGGAAUGGGAGAUGAAGCGAGCAUAAAAGAAGUUAUAUCCGAAGUUGAUACCGACAAUGAUGGAAAAAUAAACUUUGAGGAAUUUUGCGCAAUGAUGAGAAGCGGCUCCACGCAGCCACAAGGGAAACUGCUUCCAUUCCAUUGACCACGACGGCAUAGAUUCCAGCAGUUUAUCAACCGAAGCGAUUCUUAAACCCGGAGAAGAAGAGUCAAACCGGGGGAAAACCGAGAUGGGAGUAGUUGAUAUACUGUCUCAAAAUGUUCUACUUUUCUUCUCUGUGUUUGAACAGAUUUAUUUAUCCUUCUCCUUAGUUAGUCUGAAACUGAGUUUGAGAUACUGUCAUGUCUUAGCUCUUUGUAACAAUAACAAAUCCAGCUCUUUUUUUGGUGUAACUUAUUAAGACUUUCAAAGAGUAAA